AUGGCCUUCCCAGGCAGAAGAUAUUCAGGCCUUCCCUUUGGAACUCCCAAAAGCCGUUCAAAGGGAAAAAACACCCCAUUACUGCAGUACGUACUGGAUCACUCCUUGAGGGAACACCCGGCUUUGAAGAAGCUAAGAUUGGUUACUUCAAACCUUCCCAAUAAAAUGAUGAUGGUGUAUGAACAGGCCCAGCUUAUGGCCAACCUGGCGAGGCUGAUCAAAGCAAAGAAGGUCAUUGAAGUAGGUGUCUUUACAGGGUACAAUGCUUUAAACAUGGCUCUGCUCAUACCCGAGGAUGGCAGAGUCGUCGCCUGCGAUAUAAGCGAAGAUUAUGCCAAUAUCGGAAAGCCGGUGUGGAAAGAGGCAAGAGUGGAUCACAAAAUUGACCUAAGGAUAAAGCCAGCCAUCCAAACACUAGAACUUCUGGCAAAUGGCGAAGCUGGGACAUUUGACUUUGCUUUCAUAGAUGCUAACAAAGAUGGGUACAACGAUUACUAUGAAAGAUGCUUACAGCUUGUGAGGAAAGGAGGGAUAAUAGCAAUUGAUAAUGUUUUGUGGUCGGGAGUCCUUAAGCCAGCCAAAGAGACCUGUGAUGGCCAGCACCCCCAUCAGUUGAAUGAGAAGAUCUUCCGUGAUCCGCGAGUGAAUAUUAGCAUGCUCCCCAUUGGCGAUGUGACGUUGGCAUUUAAGCUUAGGAGAGAAGCCCAGAUGCUGUAGAUGGGCUGGGCCCUCCAAUCAUGGGAACAAUGAAGAUGAAAUGAUGUAUAUUUGACCUUGUCUCAAU